CAUCCAUUAUAUUGAGGGCUAUAAAUGGAUGAAUCGACCUUGCUGACAAUCAAUAGUAUUCCAUCAUAAGUUCAUAACUCUUAAAAUUUAUCAAAAAUGAAGAGUGGAAUAAUGUCAUCAGGUGUUUCAUCCAAGCUGCUCCAGCCUCCAACUUAUGGUAAACAUGUAACAAUUCUGAGCAUCGAUGGAGGUGGCAUUAGGGGAAUUAUUCCUGCAACUGUUCUUGAGUACCUUGAAUCUCAACUCCAGGAAUUGGAUGGUGCGGAUGCGAGACUUGCAGAUUACUUCGACAUAAUUGCAGGAACGAGCACUGGUGGUCUUGUCACGGCUAUGCUAACAGCUCCAAACAAAGAAAAACGGCCUCUAUUUGCUGCUAAAGACAUAAAGCCUUUCUAUCUUGAGCAUGGCCCUAAAAUAUUCCCACAAAACAAAUUGAUGAUUAUGAAGAUGUUGAAACCAAUAAUAGGUCCAAGGUAUGACGGGAAGUAUCUUCACCAAGUCAUACAAGAGAAACUAGGAGAGACUCGUAUGCAUGAGACAUUGACUAAUGUGGUUAUUCCAACUUUUGAUAUCAAGAAUAUGCAACCUACAAUUUUCUCCACUUAUGAGGCCAGAGAAAAUCCAUUAAUGGAUGCUAAGCUUUCAGAUGUAUGCAUCAGUUCAUCUGCUGCUCCAACAUAUCUUCCUGCACAUCAUUUCCGAACCCAAGACAAAGAUGAAAACUUUUACGAGUUCAAUCUUGUUGAUGGUGGAGUCGCAGCUAACAAUCCAGCCCUUGUUGCUACAAAUCAAGUGACCAAACAAAUAAUGACUGGAAAUCCAGAUUUUUUCCCAAUCAAACCCACUGAUUGUGGAAGAUUUUUGGUGAUCUCUAUAGGCACUGGCUCAGCAAAAGUGGAACAAAAAUAUAAUGCUAAAAUUGCAUCCAAAUGGGGUAUCUUGGGAUGGCUCCUUAAUGGAGGUUCAAAUCCAAUUAUGGAUGUUUUUAGUUAUGCCAGUGGUGAUAUGGUUGAUUUGCAUAUUUCAGUUGUUUUCCAAGCUCUUUAUUCUGAGGAGAAUUAUCUACGUAUUCAGGAUGACACGUUAAGUGGAACAGACACCUCUGUUGACAUAACAACCGAAGAGAACAUGGCCAAAUUGGUUGAAAGAGGAGAAACUUUAUUGAAAAAACCAGUUUCAAGGGUAAAUCUGAAGACAGGUCUACUUGAAGAAUGCAAAAAUGCUGGCACAAACGGAGAAACUUUGAAAUGGUUUGCGAAGUUGCUUUCUGAAGAAAAAAGAUUCAGGCACUCCAAAUCACCUGCUGCAAACAAUUUGUAGAGGUGGAAUCGGGAUCUGAAACUUAUGAGUUCUGGAUUUAUAGUCAUUUUGAGUUACUAGAUUUUAAAUUAAUAUUUUAUAAAUAUUAAAUAAAUUUCUUAAAACAAAUACAUGAUUUAAAUUAAAAUUACUGGAUUCUACCAAAUCCGUUUCCUACCAUCUAGCUAUGACGUUGAUCAUUUGUUCAUGGCAGUUGUAAUUCCAUUUAUAUAUUCUAGCUUUUGAUUGCUGGACUAGUGUGAUUGUAUUAAAAUAGUGUUUUAUUGAAAUAUGUAAAAUUAUUUUUACCAUGCUUAGUUAUACAAUUUGUAAGGGCAUAUGUAGACUAGUUGGUCACCGGGGGCGGAUGCAAUUAUGUAGCUGUUGAUUCAUCUGAA